GCAACCAGAUACAUAUUUACAUCUCAUGAUGAACUGUAUGGAAAACUAUGUAUGUAGUUAACGGCCAACUAUCACAUACAUUAUCUGACUGUUAUCAUCCGUCAAACUGAGGACAUUCACACAUUUCAACUACUUGGUCAGAUAUAAGGAUGGCAAAAACCGAACGUGUGGAUACCGAUAGCGGAAUAAAUUUGUGCCAAAAAGUCAUCUCGAGGAGAGAAAUAAGAUCGCGUAAAAUUAAGAAAAAAUACAGAACUUUGUUAUUUCCUCGUCCUGUAUCCUUCCAUGAGAAUAUGGACCUUUAUGACCCAAAGGUUUCCACAUUUGAAGAAACAUCGCGCCCAAACGCAAAUAACUCCAGUAAGUCACCAUUUUUGCGACGAAUCGCGAAGAAAGUAAAUUUUGCAAUGGUCCAGACAAAGAAAAAAUCUAGCCCUCAUCCUGGCCAAACGCAAUUAAACGAAGGGAACCUUCAAAUUGGAAAUGCAGACGCGGAUAACGUCCAAAUUCCCCGCAAAAAAGAACCCGUUACGUUAUCAAGUUGGUUAAACUUAAGGCCUCGCGUGUCCAAGUCGUACGACGAAUCGGAAUCUCCUAAUUCCCCAGAAGAAAGUACGAGCCUCAAAACGCCCCUUAAAAACCAUAAACCUUCUUCAAGUUCCCCUCAAUUCAACCGGAAGCCCCGUGGUGGUCCCUAUACCUGUAACUUCCCUUCCUGUCUUACGUCCUUCAGGCAUACUUUGCUCCUUCGGAGGCACCUAAUUUCGUCUCACCUCCCAAAAAAUAAACCUGCCGGAAAGAAGAAAUACUUCUGCACGGUGACGCCCACCUGCGAAAAGUCUUUUGUGAAACUGACCAGUUUAAACACGCACUACAAACACCAUUGGGCCGUGAAACCAUACUUGUGCCAAGAAGAGGAUUGUGGGGCGGGCUACGCGACAGCAAAAGAGUUGAGAAUUCACGCAAUUAAACAUUGCGACGAGAGGCGCUUCCAGUGUAAAACUUGUCACUGUAAAUUCAAACGGGUCACUGCAUUGAAUAAGCACUACAAGGAGAAGACAAGUCUUAAAUUGAAGUGUGACCUGUGCCAGGAAAGAUUUUGUUUUCCCAUGAGAUAUGGAACCCAUAUGAAGAAACACGAAAUGGACGAGAAGAACAAAGAGCUUUUUCAAUGUGACAUCUGCUCUGAAAAAAUCCCUCGGGUCGAUAAGCAAAAACACGUCCGUACCCACCACGCCCAAGAUGCACGACCGUUCAAGUGCAAGUUUUGCAGUAAGGAUUUCCCAAGCAAGCGUGACCAAGAAAUGCACGUGAUAUUGCACACGAAGGAACUGCCCUACACGUGUGAAACCUGUGGGAAAGGAUUCACCCAGAAGAGCAAUAUGAAUACGCAUCAAAAGGUCCACAAAGUAGCUGAAGGCAUGCUCCAAUGUCCCACUUGCUUAAUGAAGUUUAAAAAUUCCGCCGCCUUGGAUCACCACUCCCUCAUGUGUGGCAAGGAUGACGACUACUUCACAACUGAACUUCCUGUCAAAUCAGGAAAAAAUCCAAACCCCCAAGCAAAAACUGAUGUGAUCCAUCGGUGUAAAAUUUGCCCAAAGGUUUGCAAAGGGAGGAAGGAUUACAUUCGUGAUCACGUUAUUCGAGAUCAUCUCAAGGUCAAAGUUUAUCAAUGUAAAUUAUGCGAUAUGAAAUUUUCGCACCGAACCGAAUUGCAAAUGCAUACAAGAACGCACACAGGUGAAAAACCUUUCACGUGCACCAUUUGUGGGAAGGGAUUCACCCAAUCGAUCCAUUAUAAAGGACAUUUGACUGUCCAUUCGGAAGAGAAAAAGUUUAAGGAGGAGAUCACGAAGGGGAAGAGAGGAUAGGAAUGAGGAGCACAGAAUGAUGCCUACGUCAUCAUGAUCAUGAGGGCGUAGUUUGUGCAUAUGUAGCGUAAGUAAAGGUAGUGAUCAAGUAGGCGUGGCUUAUGUGAUCACGUAUAUAUAGAGUAAGCAGA